CAUCUAUACUGCUGCUGUUCUUUCCAGUCAGAUUGAAAAAGGAAGAUGGACCAAAUUAUUUGAGUCUCUCAAUAUUCUUUUUAUCUUGUUCAAUUUCUUCAAUCUCUAUCUUCUUCACUGUCCUCCUCAUCUUAAAAGCUGACCUUAAGAGAGGAGGAAAGGGAUGAGUAGGGAAAGAGAGAGGGAGUAUUACAAACACAAUUGGUUUUGCAUCCUUUGAAAUGACAUCACUAUAGAUGACCUGAUCAGUUAGACAAUGAGUGCCUGUCUCCUGGAUGUAACAAGAGUUGUCCAGUUGAUUUGGGGAACAGCUAAGCACGUUCCUGGUAUUACAAGAACUUUCCUCACAACGUUACUAUGAGGACUUAACCAGCUGACCUGGGCUCGGACAACAGCCAACCCCUCUGCUGCAGCCAGCCCUGCCAGGCUCACUGGAAAGAUGUUUCCCUUCAAGGUGAGCAAAUGGAUGGGGUUUGGCUGCUUCCGGUCAUUGCUCUCUCCCUCCCCUACCAUACGCCAGAAGAAGUUGAUCCACAAACUACAGGAGGAGAAAAACUUUCGGGCUGAAAUGAAGGUUUUCCGUGAGAAGAUCGAGGCCUUCAGGGAGCAGAUGUGGGAGUUCAGGGCAAAGAUUCGAGGCUUUCGAGGUCGAAUCAUGGGUUUCUGGGAAGAGGAAAAACCUUUUUGGGAAGAAGAGAAAACCUUCUGGAGGGAGGAAAAAGCCUUCUGGGAAAUGGAAAAAUCCUUCCGAGAAGAGGAAAAAGCCUUCUGGAAAAAAUAUCGUACCUUCUGGAGGGAGGAUAAAGCCUUCUGGAAAGAGGACAAUGCUUUAUGGGAAAGAGACCGGAACCUUCUCCAGGAGGACAAGGCUCUGUGGGAGGAAGAGAAGGCUUUGUGGGUAGAGGAAAGAGCCUUGCUGGAGGAGGAGAAGGCUCUGUGGGAAGAUAAAAAAUCCCUUUGGGAAGAGGAAAAUGCCCUGUGGGAGGAGGAAAAAGCAUUCUGGGUGGAGGGAGGUGGCCCUAUAGGAGAGGAACCAUUACCCCCUGAAGACGGGGCCUUAAAUGCCAACGGAGGCCCGACAUCGCCAAGUCAUUCCAGAGGCAGAGCCUGAGCCAAAGGGGCUGGGGCAUGGAGCCUGGACUCGGCUAGUCUGCACAUCCACGCCCUGGGAGUGCUCAUGUGCUGGAGGAACUUUGUAUCUAUUUGUCUCCUGGAUCCUAGAGGCCUAAAUAAAGUCCUGAGCGGAAUUUGGAAAAUCCAACUCCAGGGAAGUCAGUUACCUUCA